UAAAAAAAAAUUGUCUUGGGGAGUAUGCAAAAAAACCUAAAUAGAGGUUCUGCUUUCACUUUUUUAUUCUCUUGUCAUCAAAGUUUUUUUUCUGGCAUUUUAAGUUCAGAUAUGUAUUGCACAAGUUGUUCAGAUAUUGUAAGAUAUAAAUAAAAUUUGGAUUUGAAAAGAUUCUACGAUAGGUGUUUAAAAAAUAAAAACACUAUGCUGGUUUAUUUUAUUUUAUUUUAUUUUAUUUUAUUUUAUUUUAUUUUAUUUUAUUUUAUUUUAUUUUAUUUUAUUUUAUUUUAUUUUAUUUUAUUUUAUUUUGCUACUGUUGGGCUUCCAUACACAGCCUUUGUAAAUUUCGUAAAAAUAGACGUUACGCGGCCUGCUCUGAUUGGUGGAGCCGUGCCCCGCGUUUGUCCCGGAAGUGAAACAGGCGAGCUGAAGUGUGUCUGUAGUGCAGGAAUCUGUCGGUAUUAUUUGUGCUUAACGGUGUUUUUUGCUUUGAAAAUGGACACGUUCAACAAGCUGAAGCAAUUUGACGCCUACCCUAAAACCCUGGAGGAUUUCCGAGUGAAGACGUGGGGAGGAGCGACCGUGACAAUAAUCAGUGGCGUCAUUAUGUUUAUCCUGUUUGUCUCAGAGCUGCAGUAUUAUCUCACUAAAGAGGUCCAUCCUGAGCUUUAUGUCGACACGUCGCGAGGAGACAAACUGAAAAUUAACGUUGACGUCAUUUUUCCCCACAUGCCCUGUGCCUAUCUCAGCAUUGACGCCAUGGAUGUGGCCGGUGAGCAGCAAUUAGAUGUUGAACACAACCUGUUCAAACAGCGGUUAGAUAAAGACCUAAAACCUAUCAGCACCGAAGCAGAGAAACACGAACUUGGUAAGGCAGAUGAUGGCGAAGUGUUUGACCCCAGUACACUGGACCCAAACCGAUGCGAGAGCUGCUAUGGAGCUGAGACAGAAGACUUAAAAUGCUGUAACACCUGUGAUGACGUACGGGAGGCGUACCGGCGGCGAGGCUGGGCCUUCAAGAACGCAGACACCAUCGAGCAGUGUAAGAGGGAGGGGUUCACGCAGAAGAUGCAGGAACAGAAGAAUGAGGGCUGUCAAGUUUACGGCUUCCUAGAAGUCAACAAGGUGGCAGGAAAUUUUCAUUUUGCUCCUGGAAAAAGUUUCCAACAGUCUCACGUUCACGUGCACGCUGUGGAAAUUCAUGACCUGCAGAGUUACGGCUUAGAUAAUAUCAACAUGACCCAUCUGAUAAAACAUCUGUCAUUUGGUAAAGAUUACCCAGGCAUCGUAAACCCUCUGGAUGGAACAGACGUCACAGCGCCACAAGCAUCAAUGAUGUACCAGUAUUUUGUGAAAAUCGUUCCUACAGUCUAUGUGAAAACUGAUGGAGAGGUGGUGAAAACCAACCAGUUCUCUGUCACCAGACAUGAGAAAGUGGCCAACGGGCUGAUAGGAGACCAGGGUCUGCCAGGCGUCUUCAUCUUAUACGAACUCUCACCAAUGAUGGUGAAAUUCACAGAGAAGCACAGAUCGUUCACACACUUCCUUACAGGAGUUUGUGCCAUUAUUGGAGGCGUGUUUACAGUGGCUGGACUGAUCGACUCGCUCAUCUACCACUCGGCUCGUGUCAUCCAGAAGAAAAUAGAGCUGGGCAAGGCGUCCUAACAGCGCCCCCCGCUGGUCUCCAAGGUGCAGCACAGAUCAGGACGCAGACAGAAAAGCCAAGAGAAGAGGAACAGACGGCGGAGGAAGCAAGAAGUUUGUUUUCCCUUCGUCUUUCUGUCUUCCAUCAGACUGAGCCAGGAAAUCACAGAGGUUUUGAAUUCCUCUUCGUUCUGGAAAAGCACACUGAGGAGCAUUGGAAUUUUCUUCUCCACUGUUAAAUUCAAGACCAACAGGACAGAGACAAAAUACGACAUUGGAAAACAAAAAAACUUUUUGACUUUUGGAGGCUUUUGAAUUGACAUGAGCAGAGAAGAGGACGUGUCAGGGAUCCAGACAAACUCCAGGAGUUCCUUCAUGGAGAAAGGGAAGGCCCCUCCUGGCGUCUGUCCCCUUCAGCCUGAAUGCUUUUUAGAUGUGUGACUGAGCCCUUCUCCUCUUUUAAAGGAAUAUGUCACCUAAAGUCAUUUUUAUUAUCUCACACAAACAUUUGCACACAUGCCAGUUACACCAGAGAAAACCAAUGUUUUAAAAAGCUUCUUGACCUUUAUUAGUUUAUAUACUAUUUAUAAAAUCUCUGCAAACACAAUGUGAUGCUUUUCAUUCACGUUCAUUUGAACCUGAUACUGAAGGCAUCCGAUUGUGUGUGGAUGAUUCUAGGUGGCGUGUUCCUUUACAGACCCAGCUACACAAAGUAAAACUGACAACAACCUUUUGAAAUCAUUAAAUGGUGACACAUAUGAGGCAGGAUUGAUUUGAAACCAUAUGUGUUAGAUUUUUAUUUGAUGGUUAAACGUUCAUAGUAAAAUCAGGAUGGAGGCGAGGUUCAGUCCAGCGUUUGGACGUGUGCAACCAGGUCAGUGUUCCUUUGAGUUGCACAUUUCGAAACCUUCACAUAGAGGCUUUAAAUGAAUGUGAGCUGUGUGACCUGAUGAAGCCCCGCGUCGUCGUGCGCCUGCAGCCAAACAGCCAAAUUCCUUCAGACAACGGCCGCUUGUUCGGCGUUUUAAGUGGCAGUUGUGGUAAAGCCGACGAGCUGCAGCCAAAUUUUUCAUCUCUCAGCUUUAACUUCACGAGAACAGCGUCCGAGCCGCUCUUCUCCGCGUCGUUGGUAAACUGGAUCCUCUCACCUGCUGCAGUUUGACUGAUUUUAGCUUAUUUACUGACCAACUGGCUCCUGGAGAGGAAGGGAAAGAAACAUGUGUAAAAGUGUUGCACUGAACUCAGUGUUAAAAACUCCCUCACAAUAAAUAGAUGAGACUUCUUAAUUUUAGGGAAAAGGGCUUCUUCUCCUUUCUUUAUGUGGGACAGGUGAACACUAGUGUUAAAUGAUACACUUGCAGUAUGAUUGGUUGCCCCCCCCCCCCCCCC